AGAAACAUAAUUUCAAAACCUUCCCUCCAUAUUCCGAACACAGAUGCCCAUCAAACCCUCACAUCUAAAUCCCCACAAUCUCAUCUCCUUCUUCCAGAAAUGCAAAUCCAUGACCGAUUUCAAGCAAGCCCACGCCUGCCUCAUCAUCCGAGGCCUCUCACACCCCCCGCCUUCCCUUCGUCCCAUCAUCUCCUUUGCCUCCCUCGACCCCUCUGGUGACAUCGAUUAUGCUCUUCUCCUCCUCUUCCACACCCCAUCUUCCCGCACUCUCUUCCUAUUCAAUACUGUAAUCCGCGGCCUCGCCCGUCGAUGUUGCCUGGACUCCCUCUCAAAUGCACUCCUCGUGUUCGAUCGAAUUCACGAAUUGUAUCUCGCCCCCAACAACUUCACCUUCACUUUCCUCCUCCAAACUUGUGCCAACUCCCUCGCAUUGAGCUUGGGCCAACAGUUCCAUUCGAUGGUUGUCAAGAACUCUAUUCGUGGUGAUGUCUUUGUGGGCAAUUCGAUCAUUCAGUUCUACUCUGUUUGUGGCAGGCUGGAUGAUGCCCAGAGGGUGUUUGACGAAAGUAAUGAAUUGGAUGUCGUGUCAUGGAACUCUCUGAUUAAUGGGUGUGUUAGGAAUGGCAAGAUUUCAGAUGCUUUAAAGCUCUUCAACAAAAUGCCUGAAAGGAAUACAGUUUCUUGGAAUAGUUUGAUAAGUGGGCUAGUCAAGUUUGGUUGUUUGGAUAAUGCUCGUCAGAUAUUUGAUGAAAUGCCCACGAGAAAUCUUGUUACAUGGGUUGCAAUGAUUUCUGGGUAUUCUCAAAAUGGACGCCCGAAGGAGGCAGUGGCACUGUUUGAGGAGAUGCAGUUGUUUGGUUGGGAACUGAAUGAUGCUGUUCUGGUGAGUGUUCUUUCUGCUUGUUCUCAAUUGGGAGCUCUAAGUCAUGGGAUUUGGAUUCACACUUACUUACAAAAGAAUCGUAACAAAAUAGAUUCAAUACUUUCAGCAGCUCUCAUUGACAUGUAUGCAAAAUGUGGAAGCAUCAAUCUCGCAAUGCAAGUCUUUGGUUCAUCUUUUCUUAAGGAUGUUUUUACGUACACAGCAGCUAUUUAUGGGCUGGCGAUUAAUGGGCAUGGAGAGGAGUCACUUUGCCUUUUUGAGCGGAUGAAGGAUGAAGGAAUCAGGCCAGACCGCAUAUCCUACAUUGCAGUUUUGUGUGCUUGUAGCCACACGGGUCAGGUUGAGAAGGGAUUCUACUACUUCAACACAAUGGUUAACGUGCAAGGAAUCAAAGCAGAGUUGGAUCAUUAUGCGUGCAUGGUUGAUCUUCUUGGUCGUGCUGGUUUGUUGGAGGAAGCAGAAAGGUUCAUUGCUUCCAUGCCAAUAAAACCAGAUAAUGUUGUAUGGGGUGCACUGCUCGGUGCAUGCAGAAUCCAUAAUGAUGUUGAAAUGGCACAAAGGGUGGGAAAUUUUCUGAUAGAAUCUGACUGGGACCAUGAUGGGCGUUAUAUUCUCCUUUCAAACAUUUAUGUGGAAUCCAAUAAAGGAGAUGAUGCUGAAGAAGUCAGGAAAACUAUGAGAAGAAGAAGAAUUAAGCGGGUCCCUGGGUCUAGUUCAAUCGAGGUGAAUGGUGUUGUUCAUGAGUUUGUAGCAGGAGAUAGAUCGCAUGAAAAAACAGACGAGAUAUAUUUAGCAUGGGAGGAGAUUGUUAGAGAGAUUAGGAAGGUUGGACAUACUGCAGAGACAAAGGGGGUUGUGUUUGAUGUAGAUGAAGAGGAGAAGGAAGGUCUAGUUGGUUAUCACAGUGAGAAAUUAGCAGUUGCUUUUGGGCUUAUCAGCACAGAACCUGGAUCGCUGAUACGGAUUGUAAAGAAUAUUCGUAUCUGUAGGGACUGUCACUCUGCCAUUAAGCUUUUCUCGAUGGUUUUUAAACGGAAGGUUGUGGUUAGAGAUCGGAUACGGUUUCACCAUUUUGAAGGAGGGUCUUGUUCCUGCAUGGAUUAUUGGUGAGCUGAUAUCAGUUGAAGGUUAAGAAUAUUGAUGCACCGAGUGAAGAAUCUUAUAUGGAAUUCCAUAUGCGAGCUUAAUAAACAUUGAAGCAGAAAUUGGCAAGCUAACCUUCUGUGUCUGGAUGGAGGGAAUGGAAUUCAGAAGGGCAAUCGUGAACUGUUUCCAGUGGGGAGGCAUGGUAGAGGACACAUGGUGAAAUGGGGGGUGGGGGUGUUGGUCCUGAUCAGGCUGGGCCAUGGCAAGUGCAUUUAUUACUCAGCCAGAAAUUCAAGCCUGAAGGCAGCAUCUUUAUUAUUCAUGCCUGAAAUUCAGGCUGUGGCGAACCUGUAACAUGAUUUCAGGCUGAAUAGAGAAGUUGUCAAACCUAGGCCUAAGCUUGGUCCAUUUUUUUAAUUGGCCUGGGAAAUUCAGAUUUAAUCAGCCAAACGAGCCUAAAAACAGUUCUAAGCCCGUUCCCAUGGUGUUUUGGCCCAUAAGCCUAAUGGGCCAUCUGAGCUCAUUCUGAGCCAUGGGGGCAGAGAAAUGCAGUUAUAUGAUUUAAAUGUGUUCAAAGUGGAAAGGCAACUCCCUGUAUUCCUGUGUGAAGAUAUGAUCUUUAUCAUUGAAGUGCCACUACUAUUAUUAUCAAAAUCAACACGGAAAUCAAGAAAAUCUUAAUCUUGAUGAGAGAUUAGCAGAAGAGGCAAUGGAAGAAUCAAUCAAGAAAUCAAGAACGGUUCGGUUGGGAUUUCUCUGAAGAUCACUAUUCGGAGCAUUUCUGAACAUGAAUCUCUCAUUGUUUCCACAGCUGAAGAUUUUAGAAUUCUUAAAGCUUGGAUUUUGUGGGUUGCAAGAGUGGUGGUUGCAUACAAUGGGCAUUGGGUUAAAUCACUCAGAUUCAUGCCCCUGUUAAAAAGUGUAAUUUAAAAACAGAAAUAUUUCUGUGCUAUUCAUGCUCAUGGCCAUAGCACAUCUUUGGCAUGGUGGAUUUGUCCCACUUUUUCAACUGUUAAAGAUCUGAAGUAUCAAAUUCUGGUUGUCAUGUUUUUACCUCCUGCAAUCCGUUGGCCAUCCCAAUUAUUGAAAAGAUUGAAGUAUGGCUUGAACUUUGCCUGCUAGUGCUUUAAACAGUACAAAACAAUCAAAGCUGCCUAGUUCAAAGGUGAAAAUUCAGAGACUUAUUGUCAAUAUCUUGCUUUAGUAGUUGUUGAAAGGGCUUUACAUGUGAUUUUUGUAUGUGCUUAUAUAACUUUAACUCUUGUUUACCUUGUA